AUGAUUUUUUCAAUCAUAUCUUUGGUGACGACUUUUAUAUUUAGUUGAUUUUCUUCAGAGUGAUUAUGCCCUAUGUCCCUGAUUCUUAGCAUCCUUAAUCUUCGUCUCUUUUUGACUUGCAAAUAUACACAAACAAUAAUAAUCCUGCUUUGAAAUUACAUAAAAACGAGUAGCAAAAAUCCUAUCCCAAAGCAUAUUAAAAUUGCAACACUAACUGCACUUAAAUAG